CAGCCGAGCGCUGAGGCCGGCAGGGCCCAGGAAGGAGGUUCUAGCCGCCGCUCACUCGGUGGUGGGGCCGACGGCAGCCUGGUCUCCGGGCGCCGCCAUGUUGGAGGCUCGGGGCCCCAGCGGCAGCUCCGACUGCGGGAAUCCGCGCGCGAGCCUGGCGAGCUCUGCCGGGCAGAUGCUGGAAGUGUUGCCGCGGGUGUACUUGGGUGGGGCCGCGGCCGUCUCAGAGCCGGACCACCUGAGCGCGGCGGGCAUCUCAGCGGUGCUGACAGUGGACUCGGAGGAGCCCAGCUUCAAGGUGGGGGCUGAGGUCGAGGGGCUCCAGAGGCUGUUCGUGCCAGCGUUAGACAGACCCGAGACCGACCUGCUGAGCCAUUUGGACCGGUGCGUGGCCUUCAUCAGUAAGGCCCGCGACGAGGGCCGUGCGGUGUUAGUGCACUGUCAUGCAGGAGUCAGUCGGAGUGUCGCUGUAGUGACUGCUUUUGUGAUGAAGACUGAUCUAGUUACCUUUGAAGAAGCCUAUGAAUAUCUCCAGACUGUCAAACCAGAUGCUAAGAUGAAUGAAGGGUUUGAGCGGCAACUGAAAUUAUACCAGGCAAUGGGUUAUGAAGUGGAUACCUCUAGUGCAAUUUACAAGCAAUACCGUUUACAAGUGGUUACAGAGAAGUAUCCAGAGCUGCAGAAUAUACCUCAAGAACUCUUUGCUGUUGACCCAGCCACCAGUUUGGAAGGAUCAAAUAAUAAGGUUCUCUACAAAUGUAGGAAGUGCAGGAGAUCCUUAUUUCGAAGUUCUAGUAUUUUGGAUCAUAAUGAAGGAAGAGGGCCUGAAGCCUUUGUCCACAAGAGAAUGACACUACCUUCCGUGGUUAGCAUAGGGCAUCAGCCUCAGUGUACAUCUUAUUUCAUUGAGCCUGUUCAGUGGAUGGAAUUCGCUUUGUUGGGAGUGAUGGACGGACAGCUUCUUUGCCCAAAAUGCAGGGCCAAGUUGGGUUCCUUUAACUGGUGUGGUGAACAGUGUUCCUGUGGGAGAUGGAUAACACCUGCUUUUCAAAUACAUAAGAACAGAGUGGAUGAAAUUAAAGCGCUGCCAGUUUUGGGGUCACAAAUAAGAACAAUAUGAACUUGUAAUAUUUGGUAUCCUGGGAAGAAACUUGCUGAUGAUAUUUGCUAUCCUUAUUAGUUCAUCAACAUUUCAUUUGAAAAGUGAGAAGAUAAAAUCACUUGAUGUAACAUGGAAAUUAUGCUUGCUUAGCUUAAUUACAUGCAUGAUAUAAGUAGGAAACAGAGCUUUUUAAUCAUGUAAAUUUUAUUUGAUAUUAAAAUAUUUUGUAAUACAGAUACAUUCUUUUUUCUUUUCCUUUUCUUUUUGUUUUUUUUAAAUUCAAAAUAUUAAGGGGGUACAAAUGUUUUGUAUAAUGCUUGAGCCUGGCCUAUUAGUGUGCCCAUCACGAGAAUAGUGUUCAUUAUACCAAAUAGGUAAGUUUUUAUACCUCACUCCUUUCCCAACUUCCACCCCCCAACCCCUUCCCUUUUUUUUGAGACAGAGUCUCAGUCUGGAGUGCCAUGGCAUUAGCCUAGCCUAGUUCACAGUAACCUCAAAUUUCUGGGUUCAAGCAAUCCUCCUGUUUCAGUCUCCUGAGUAGCUGGGACUGUAGGUGCCCGCUGCACCAUCUGGCUAAUUUUUCUAUUUUUAGUAGACAUGGGUCUUACUCUUGAUCAGGCUAGUCUCAAACUCCUGAGCUCAAGUGAUCCUCCUGCCUCAGCCUCCCAGAGUGCUGGGAUUACAGGCAUGAGUCAUCAUGCCCAGCCUUUUUUUAUACUUUUAUUUCCUUUUUUUGGAGACAGAGUCUCACUCUAUAGCCCUGGAUAGAGUACUGUGGCAUCAUAUCUUAUGGCAAACUCAAUCUCUUGGUCACAAGAGAUCUUCUUGCCUCAGCCUCCCAAGUAGCUGGAGCUACAGGUACCCACCACAACGCCCAGCUAGCUUUUCUAUUUUUUCAGCAGAAAUGGGAUCUCACUCUUGUUCAGGCUGGUCUCUAACUCCUGAGCUCAAGCAACUCACCUGCCUUGGCCUUCCAGAGCACUAGGAUUACCAGCAUGUGCCACCACACCUGGCCUUUCAUAUAUUUUUAAUUAAAGGUUAUGAUUUUUGGAAUGUAAGUUACGUGAUCCUAAAGUUUAGAUGGAGAAAAUUAUUUACAAAAAUUAUGGUUAGAUGCUAUCAUUAUGUAUUAUGUAUUAUAUAUUAUUUAAUAUAUAAAUAUAUAAUAAUAUAUAAUAUAAGAUAUAUAUUAUUUAAUAUGUAUAUAAUACAUAUAUAUAGUUAUGUUUAGAUAAGGCAUUUUAUUUCUAGAAAUAUAAAGCAGAUUUGUUCGGACAAAAAAAUUAUUUUGAAAAUUAUUUCUCUUUCUGUCUUUUAAGGGACAAUUAGUAAACUCAUGCAUAUCUGGAUUUUUGUCUUGGAAAUACAAUUACGAGACCAUUAGUAAAACACUGGUUAAAAUACUGCUUUCAGAGCCAGGCUCCUGCCUGUAAUCCCAUCUUUGUGGGAGGCUGAGGCAGGAGAAGCACUUGUGUCUAGAAAUUUGAGACCAGCUCUGGGCAACAUAGCAAGAUCUCAUUUAAAAAAAAAUGUUUUUCACUAUUAUUGUCAAGGAAUCCCAAUUACCAUUUUUCUUUUUUAAAGUAUGUUUGAGAUACCUAAGUUAGGUAUGUUUCUAAUGAUGAAGAAAACAAAUGUGGAGUUCCUUUGUAUCAUUCGUUUUUGUUUUCUUUUUUUGAGACAAAGUCUCACUUUGUCACCCAGCACUUUGUAGAGUGCUGUUGCGUCUUAGCUCACAGCAACCUCAAACUCUUGGGUUCAAGUGAUCCUCUUGCCUCAGCCUCCCAAGUAGCUGGGACUACAGGUUCCCGCCACAAUGCUUGGCUAUUUUUUAGAGAUGGGGUCUUGCUCUGGUGUCGGAAGCCAUACAAGGUACAGCUUGGCCUUACUUCCUCUUCAAGUAAAAAACAGUUUUACCUUUUCCCGGUAACUUUACCUGACAACUAGCCAACCAAUCACCUUAUGCCCCAUCUUACUUACUCUAGCCAAUCCCCAGUUAACAACUCCUCUGAACCUCCCAAAAAGACCC